UGGCGGGAGGGCGACUGGCCCGAGGGGAAGAUGCUGCAGUGAGCACCUGGGAGGCUUCGACAAAGGGCCGGCUUCACUGGUGGAGGCUUCUUCCGGACUCUCCGGGCACCCAGCCCAUGGCGAAGUUUGAUAUGGUGGACAGGAUAUAGGAGAAGUCUCUGCUCCUCUGGCCGCAGGCUGAGAGGAAACGUGGUAUUGUGAAAAGAGUACUGGAUGGCAGCCUGCAUAAGGAAUGACCAGCUGCCUGCCAAGGUGAGCAGGAUGCUGGCUGUGCAGAACAGCCUUCUGGCAUUGCGCCAAGGGGACGAAGUAGUAGAUUUUCUGAACAACUAUUCCAUAAGUGCCAGUGAGGAUGAGGAAGACAAUGAUGGAGAGAGAAAACACCUACAGCUCCUAGAGGCAAUCAGUGGCCUGGAUGGAAAGAGCAGACAGAGAUGGGCUGAGAGGUCUGAGGCCAGUCUGCAAGUGUCAGAGUUCAGCUUUAGCACUGCAGGGAUGGAGGAAAAGCUGGCCCUUUCGGAACUGCUCGAACAUAUCAAGCUGCCUUCCUCAUUGGCCAAAGUGAAAAGACAGCUGAAGAAAGUCAAAAAUAAGAAGAGUGUGGAGUUACUCCUCAGCAAAGAGCACACGGAGCAGAUCCGUAGGGAAGCUGCAUACAGUGAAACCUCCAGGGCCAUGGCCAAGUGGGAUGUGGUAGUUCUGAAGAACAGGAGAGCAGAACAGCUAGUUUUUCCCCUGGAAGAGAAACAAGUACAAGCUGCCCCUGUUGAGGAGGUGGCUCUGGGUGACUGCACGGCAAGAAUUCCCCUGGAACAGGAAAUUUUUGACCUCCUCCAUAAGGACCAGGAGCCACUGAGGGAUCCUUUACUGACCCCAGUGGAGAAGGCCUCCCUCAAAGCCAUGAGCCUGGAGGUGGCCAAACAGCACCGAGCAGAGCUUCAGAGAGCCCGGGCCCUGCAGUCCUACUUUGAAGCCAGGGCUCGAAGACAGAAGAAAAUCAAAAGCAAAAAGUUUCACCAAGUGUUAAGGAAAAAGAAGGCCAAAGAAGUCCUCAGGCAGUUCAAAGGAACAGUCAGUCCUCCUGCCUCAUUAGAAGACCUGGAAAAGAGAGAAGUGGCCAGAAUGGAGGAGCGGAUGAGCCUCAGUCACCAGAGCAAAGGGAAGCGGGCCAGGGCCCGGGCUGCUGUGGCCAAGCAUGACCAGAAGACCCGUAAAGAAAUCCAGGAACAGCUGGCCAGGAACAAAGAACUGACCCAGAAACCUCGAAUACCAUCUGAUAGCGAGCAGGAAGAUGCAGAAGAGUGCCACCUCAUCCCUCAUGUUGUGAAUGAAGUGCAGCUGGGGACAGAGAGUCUGAAUCCCUGGAUGCAGAGAAACCGUGGCCCUCACGCAGAGGUGUCCAAGACCCUGAAGGGCCCUCAAAAACCUUCCGAAGAUGUUGCCAGUGAAGAAUCUGAGAGUGAGGAAGAAGAAAAGGUCAUAGCAGAGGAGUCUGUGCUACAAGAAUUUGAAAAGAGGAGGGCCCUAAGGAAAAAGGUGGGCAUCCUCCCAGAAUCACAGACACAGGGGACCAAAGAACCUAGAAGGCAAGAGGAUGAGGGCGUGUUGGCUGAAUUAAGGGCUCUCUCUGAGAAAAUCAGAAAGAAGUCAAGGCAAGACAGAAAGCAAAGUGAGAGGUCAGCUACCACAGCCCCCAAGGAGCCUGUUCAGGGAGAGAGACUUGCCCAGUAUGAGGAGGAACUCUUGCCCAGAAAAAAGCCAGAGAGAGUACAAACACUGGAGGAGAUAGACACUCCAGGAAUGGAAGAAUGUGCCCAAGAACAGGGACUUCUCAAAUCUCUAGUAGGAGGGCAGCCACAGCAGUCUCUGGGGAGUCCAGCUGAACAGAGGAGGUCCCCAAAGUCAAAAAAAGAGGUGGUGAUUGCCCUACAGGCCAACCUCACUGUGAAGUCCCACAAGGCAAGUGCUUUAUCUCUUCCCACCGUGGUAGAAGAGGAGGACUUCAGUGAUGAGGCUGCCACCCAAAAGCACAUUAUAAAGGAGGCCUUUGCUGGGGAUGAUGUCAUUGCUGACUUCCUGAAGGAGAAGCAAGAAGCAAAGGAAGUAAGCAAGCCCAAAGCCGUGGCCCUGAGCCUGCCUGGCUGGGGUGAGUGGGGAGGCCCAGGGCUUGAGAAGAGGACCAGGAAGAGACACAGGUUUCUCAUCAAAGCCCCUGAUGGUCCCCCAAGGAAAGGCAAGAGCUUGCCAAAUGUGAUUGUCAAUGAAAAGCGUAACAUCCAGGCUGCUGCCCAUAGGGUGAAUGUGCUUCCGUUUCCCUUCAGCCACCACUGUCAGUUUGAAAGUACUGUCCAGACCCCUGUGGGUUCUACUUGGAACACGCCAAGGGCUUUCCAAGAAAUGACGGCUCCUCGAGUUGUGGUCAAGCAGGGUCACAUCAUUGAGCCCAUAAAGGUGGCAGAUGUGAACUUCUAGCUGCUGCAUUCAAGCCAUUCAGCCCUGCAAAGGAAACUGUGGCAGCCAGUGGGUGCAGUCCCAGAAGAAUGUUAAAGAAAGCACCCUAGGUCCUGCUGCUUGAGCAGCCACCUUUUGUUGUACCAGGACAGGGAGGACUCCAUACUUCUCCUUUGUCCUCAGCUGCUAAAACUUGAAGCUAACCCAGCAUGUGGCCAGUGAUGUCACCUAAUGGAAAUAAAGCAGACUUUCCAAUUAAAUAAAAAAAAAUACCGGGUUUAAAGCAAGGGAGUUCAAAUCUUUCUCAAUCCCUAUGGCUUUCGGCAAACCUUCCUAGACCGUCUCUAUGCAGUAGGAAAGGAAAUAAAUUCUAGAGUGUAUCUUGCAUAUUUGCAUAAGAAAUAACAUAAAGAGAUAAAUUUUUCAUAAAGAAAACUUUAUUUGGUACAUAACUUUUUUUUUACUAUAAAAGUAUUAAAUAUUUAUCAGAACACAGUUAAAUAAAUUAACAAGAACCUUAA